AUGGGGAAGAAAAGUUUAAGUUAUGAUACUAUUGACAAGUGGGAGCAUGCACAUAUGCCUUAUGAGAUCGAGGAUGAGGUUCUCAAUUUGUAUGUGAAGUUCACUGAAGAAAGCGAAUUAAAGUGGGUUGAUAUUGCCUUAUUUUAUGAACAGUUAGAAGUGCCUAAGGAGUGGGUCUCUCUGCUUGAACCACGUGACCUAUGCAUUGACGGAUUAGACGUGAUAGACUUUGAUAAACUAAUGGAUACGACAUAUAGGCUCUUGAUAUUCAUGGACAAUGCGGCAAUUAUUGAUAAGCAGUGGGAACUGCUUUUGCGUUACAGUGGUAGAAUGGAGCAAUUUCCUAAUGUUAGCUUGCGGAAACAUGUUUUGAGUGUGAAAGACGUACAAAAGGCUGCUGUACAAGUGGAUAUGGAUCAAAGCAUGAUAGUGAGCAUGGUGAGCUGGGCGACUAAUGGCGAGCGAGUAUUUGUGACAUACAUUGAUUUUGCUCAUUGUUUGGGAAAAAUGGGCGUCUUGCGUUAUUAA